CUAGCUCUUUCAGCUACUCGGCUAGGCGCUGCGACGCUGGUGACUCCUGCCGCUCCGCUCCGCCGCAUCGGGGACUUCGAGCCUUUCCGCCACCCCGGGCCCGCGUACACUGGUUCUCAGCGUCGGUAAUUGAACGUCGGUAGUUUAUCAUGAUAGAAGUUGAUCGAAGGGCUCGUUGAUUUUAGGUCUUGCCGUCGAUUUUGUCCAACCGGUUUGGCGGGACUGGGUCGGGGCGAACAAUACGACGAGCUACAGGCUAAAGGCUAAAGGCAGCUAGCGCCGUUUCGUCAGGGAAGCUAACAGCUAGCUUAGCGAGCUACCGCGGCUGUCAUGGAAGACAAAUCCUUCACGAAGGAACUGGACCAAUGGAUCGAGCAGCUGAACGAGUGCAAGCAGCUGACGGAGAACCAGGUCCGGACGCUCUGCGAGAAGGCGAAGGAGAUUCUGACCAAGGAGUCCAACGUCCAGGAGGUGCGAUGCCCGGUGACGGUGUGCGGCGACGUCCACGGUCAGUUCCACGACCUGAUGGAGCUGUUUAAGAUCGGAGGCAAGUCUCCCGACACCAACUACCUGUUCAUGGGAGACUACGUCGACAGAGGCUACUACUCGGUGGAGACGGUCACGCUGCUCGUCACGCUAAAGGUUCGUUUCCAGGAGCGAAUCACCAUCCUGCGAGGGAACCACGAGUCGCGGCAGAUCACACAGGUCUACGGCUUCUACGACGAGUGUCUGCGGAAGUACGGCAACGCCAACGUGUGGAAGUACUUCACAGACCUGUUCGACUACCUGCCGCUCACCGCGCUGGUCGACGGACAGAUCUUCUGUCUCCAUGGUGGUUUGUCUCCCUCCAUAGACACUCUGGAUCACAUCCGAGCUCUGGACCGCCUGCAAGAAGUCCCACAUGAGGGCCCGAUGUGCGACCUGCUGUGGUCGGACCCCGACGACCGCGGCGGGUGGGGCAUCUCCCCCCGAGGUGCCGGGUACACCUUCGGACAGGACAUCUCCGAAACCUUCAACCACGCCAACGGCCUCACGCUGGUGUCCCGUGCCCAUCAGCUGGUCAUGGAGGGCUACAACUGGGGCCACGACAAGAACGUGGUGACCAUCUUCAGUGCUCCCAACUACUGCUACCGCUGUGGAAACCAGGCGGCCAUCAUGGAACUGGACGACACUCUGAAAUACUCUUUCCUCCAGUUCGACCCCGCCCCUCGCCGUGGCGAGCCCCACGUGACCAGACGCACUCCCGACUACUUCCUGUGAAUGUCCAAAGCCAUCCACCCGUCAAUCAUCUACGAAGCUCCAGCCCCUCCCCACCGCCCCCUAAUUUUGGAUGGGAAGAAGAUAUUAAUGAUGAUGAUGAUGAUGAUGCUGUACCAGGGAGAAUAGAAACAAACGAUUGGCUGAUGAAUCCAGAUUUUAACGUAAUGAGAAACGUAACGAGCGGCCCCCUCUACAGUCGUGUCUUCAGAAUGCAUAAAAAAAACAAUACGUGCAACGAUGAUGAUUUGUUUCUUCUUCUUCUUUUGUUGUUUCUUUACAUGUUUAAAAAACGAGAUAAUAAAACUACCGACAUGGACCAAA